AUGGCUGACAGAUAUUCUUUCUCCUUGACCACCUUCUCCCCCAGUGGAAAGCUCGUUCAAAUUGAAUAUGCAUUGAACGCGGUCAACCAAGGAGUAACUGCUCUCGGAAUCAAAGCGACAAAUGGAAUUGUCCUUGCUACCGAAAAGAAGUCUUCCUCCCCUCUAAUUGACCCUCCCUCCCUCUCCAAGAUCUCCCUCAUCACACCCGACAUCGGCAUGGUAUAUGCUGGCAUGGGCCCCGACUAUCGAGUGCUCGUCGACAAGGCCCGCAAGGUCUCCCACACCGGCUACAAGCGCAUCUAUAACGAAUAUCCCCCGACCCGGAUACUGGUGCAGGACGUUGCCCGUGUCGUGCAAGAAGCCACCCAGUCCGGUGGAGUCCGGCCAUAUGGUGUCAGUCUGUUGAUCGCGGGUUGGGACGAGGGUAUUGAACCCGAGACUGCUCAGGCCGAGAAGGGAGAUGAGGAGGAACCGAAGAAGGCCACAGGAAAGACCGGUGGCAUCCUGAAGGGUGGCCCCAGUUUAUACCAGGUCGACCCCAGUGGCAGCUAUUACCCAUGGAAGGCGACGGCCAUCGGAAAGCAUGCUACAAGCGCGAAGACAUUCCUUGAAAAGCGUUACACCGAGGGGCUGGAGCUUGAAGACGCUAUCCACAUUGCUCUGCUGACCCUGAAGGAGACCAUCGAGGGCGAGAUGAAUGGUGACACAAUAGAAAUUGGUAUUGUUGGGCCUCCUGCCGAUCAUCUACUCGGCUUCGAAGGCGUCGAAGGAGCCCGCGGGCCUAGGUUUAGGAAGCUGACGAAAGAGGAGAUCGAAGACUACCUGACCAGUCUAUAA